CGUGGACUAUCGCACUUGAAUGAAGAAGAAGAAGAAGAAGAAGGUGCACUUCAAAAUAUUAUUUAUUUUAGUCAUGCAUUUUUUCUACUAAUCGUUCUAGUUUCGUAUUACAUGAAAAAUUCAUUAACUAUACUUUCAUCGUCUUGAUCUGUCCUAGAGCAGAAUGAACAAUUGAAACGGUGAAAGGCAUUGUUAUACGCAUAUGAGAAUUCUCACACUUUCAUUGGAAUUUAUAAAAAGCGUUAAAAAAUACUCCGCUAAACGCACAUACCCGCUUAUGUAUGUAUACAAACACACAUAUACGUAAACGUUGUUGGGAGAGAAGAGAACAGAAAAUUCUCACAAAUUGUUUUCCCGUGCGAAGCAUCGUACUUUCGUUUUUGUGAUCAAAUUUCUCCAUAAUAUUGAUAAUCCGAAUCCAUUGUUUAAUCUUUUAUGAAAGAAUGAUCAUAGGGAAAUCAUGGAAUCAAUUUAUUUAAGAAUAUUGGACAUAUUUGGGAAAACAUUGAUGAUGUCUGAUAUAUAAAAAAUACUCGAUAUGGUAGAGCAUUUUAAACAUUUUUUUUGUAUCCUUUCUUAAUUCCUAGCAUUGAAAGAAAAAAAUUCGUUGCAUAAAUAAGAAUAUGUAAUAUAGCAAUGUUCGUUCUAUCAACGUCGAUGCGAAGCGCCAUUGACGGAAGGGAAAGGACUCACAGUAAGUUCUGGUAUGACCAGAAGGAGGCGCCCAAUCCCGCACCCUCAUUCAUAUCCGUAAUGGCUGCUGUCUAGCGUUGUUCGCUGAGUGCGUUCUCUUCGCGCGCGCGACGGAGAGAGCGCGAGAAAACGGGAAGGAGAGGGAGAAAAAUAGAGUGAGAAAGAGAGAGGGAGAGCGUGAAAAGAAACUCCGGACGUGCCGUCGUGAAAAUUCAGUGCGCGCCGAUCAACGUCGCGUGGUGUGAAAGUGUUUGGUUGUCUUUAAAAACAUUCGUUAUUCUCCCGUGCAACGAAAGAACGCACCACUACGGGAAUACUCUACCACCGUUGCAGUAGUAGCAGUUAAUAUACACGAAGCACACUCUGGGAUUCUCCUUCUUUUCCGAGAUGGACCUAGUGCUUUGGAUGUGUAUGUUUGGAUGCGUGAGAGAGUGAGUUAGUGCGCGCGAGCGUAAAUGUGCCUAUGCGUUUGCCACUACUGGUGGUAGUGAGUGUGUUUUUCUCGUUUGUACGAUUACACGAGGAAGACGACGACGACGACGACAACGACGACGACGACGACGACGACGACGACGACGACGACGACGACGACGACAACAAUAACAACAACAACAACAACAACAACAACAACAACAUCAACAACGACGACGACGACGAAGAAGAAGGCGCGUGGACGAGCGUCCUUCGUGAAUUUAUUCAGGAGAAGGAAGAAGAUAGCAGAUAGGUGAAAUUGAGGCGGCGCUUGUUCGUUACCUUAAUCCUGACUUAUCUCCUCGAGACGAAGAAGAGAGAAAGAGAGAGAGAGGGCAGAGUCUGUGCUAGACAGAAGGAGGGUGUCGCGGUGUCGUCUCGAGUUAACUUAGCGUCGUAAACAGAAAAGUGACAGCCCGACUUGGAUGAGGAAAAAGAGAGAAAAGGAUAGAAAGAAAAACGACGUGUUGGUGGACAUCGUCGAGACGAAGGAAACCCAUCGACGACGUUCGGUGCUCACUCUGCCCCGCUACGAAUUCUCCACCGUGGUUCAAGGUCUUCUAAAAUCAUCCAAGUACGUGCAGUCGUCUGCCUGCCAAGGCUCCUCGAGAAAACGAUUUCUCCUUGCAAGAAAAACGAUUCGCUUUUCUUCUUAAUUCCGUUGCUAUCUGGUGAACGACGACGACGACGACGACGUUGACGGUGAUGUUGACGUCGAGAAAAGAAACGUCGAACGAGCGUGCCUUGGAACGUGAAGAGAAAAAAUAACAGGAACAGGUACGAAAGGAACAAGAGAAUUUUGAAAGUUCAUUCAAGAGAAGAGAACGUGUGCCAAUCGAUGAGACAACAGAGUCUUCCUUUCCGAUCGUUUCGAAUGAUCGUUCUUAAACGAUCGACUGUGAUUUAAAAUCGUGAUUCUACUGCCAAAAGAGGAGACUUUCGAAGUUGAGAGAGAGAGAGAGAGAGAUGCCAAGCUGUUAGAUUAGUUUAGAGAGCUCGCAUAACUUGGAAGUCUUCCCGAAGAAGCGUCGUUGCUGAUUCGAAUUUAAGAAGAAUUAAUCUCUUCUAAUUCGUCAUUAACAUUGACAUCGAGGAGUGUCGUUUAUAUGGCAAUGCGGUACCAUCAUCGUCGAACUUUAUCGCGCAGUUAUUAUUCGUGCUACACAGAGUGGAAGUUGGAGGAAUAACAGCGAGGAUGUUCGGGAAGGUGCCAUCCAGUAUCAAUUCGAACGCAGGCCCUGGACCACCCCAUCAAAAUCCUACGAAUAAAGUCCCUUACGUCAGGCCAACGACUGGGACGACGUGCCUUUCGUGUUACGAAGUACCAACUGUUCAAUCUAGUACUUCCGAUGAGAAGGCAAAGUCUUGGUGUCCGGUGUUAUCCGAGUCAUUGCCGUGUAAUCCUUCGCAAGAUCGUUCCUUACCCCUAUCCACUUCGUCCUCCGUUACGGAGAUAAACGGAGCCACGAGAAAGGAGCAACAAGCUACGUUCUCGACAAACAGGAACCUGCAAUCCAGCAAUAAAUCCUCUUCUUCCAUCAAGGACUCUACAAGGAUCCACAGAUGUUCUUCCAAUCCCAAUUGCCCUGGUCUGUCGAGUACAACUACGAAAACUUCUAUUGGUUGUCUCUCGCCGAGAUCCCAAAGGAUUGCCAUCAGCUCUUCGAAUCUCGAGUCAAAACUGACGAGAAAACACUCUGUCGGUAGUCGAGAAUUUGCAAUUAGCAGAGAAUUGUCUUCGUGCAAGUCUAACUUCAGAGACUUUGUUCAAUCGAAAAACAACGAUGCUACCUCUGAAAGCGUCGACGAAGUUCCGAGCGUCGUCGAGGAGUUUGUCGAUCCUUCGACGAUCCUGACGAGCGCUACUUCGACCGUUCAUCAAACACGAGUCACACAAAAAUCCGCGUCUAGGUCGAACUCGACGGGUGACAAUCCUUGUUGCUUUGAAAGAACGACGGAAAGAGGCGAGCCCAAGGAUCAUUAUCAUCAUCAUCAACAUCAUCAUCACCAUCAUCAUCAUCGCAACAAUCUUGCCCGAACACCAGCCGAACUUUUGCAACAAAAUUGCAUCGACUUCGUCAUUCAGGAUUUACCGACCGAAUUGCAAUCCUCGCCGAGAAGUUACAAGGAUCGUGAAAAAACUCGUGACACUUGGAGACCAACUGAGAUGGAGGGAAAUUUGUGUGGACUGAACUCUUGCUCCGGUGACUCCUUCCAAGAUGGUACCUCCACCAAGAGGAGAACCGGUGCAUCCUGUCAAGCGCUAAGGCACGCCGUUGCUUCCUUGAAUCGUCUCGAUGACUUUUACAUGGAGAAAAUUGGCGCUGGUUUCUUUUCCGAGGUCUACAAGGUUACACACAAGGUAACUGGUCAGGUGAUGGUCCUAAAAAUGAACCAACUGCCUGCGAAUAGGCCGAACAUGUUGAAGGAGGUUCAACUUAUGAACAAACUCAGCCAUCCAAACAUACUCAGGUUUAUGGGAGUCUGCGUUCACGAGGGUCAACUACAUGCCUUGACGGAAUACAUAAACGGUGGUAGCCUGGAGCAAUUGAUAAUGUCACGGCAUACACCGUUGCCCCACCUGAUACGCAUGAAUCUUGCAAGAGACGUCGCACGUGGAAUGGCCUAUUUGCACAGCCGCGGCCUCUUUCAUCGCGAUCUAACUUCAAAGAACGUCCUCAUUAAGAAGGACGAGAAUACGACGGAGAUGACUGCUGUGGUCGGUGAUUUUGGAUUAGCAGCUAAGAUACCAGAUCCUAGUUCGGGUUAUAGACUGAGCACAGUAGGCAGUCCUUAUUGGAUGUCACCGGAAUGUUUGAAGGGUCAAUGGUACGAUCACAGAUCAGACGUUUUCUCAUUUGGUAUCGUCGUUUGCGAGUUGAUCGGUCGCGUUCCUGCUGAUCCAGACGUUCUACCACGCUCAGAUAACUUUGGCCUCGAUUAUCUGGCCGUGGCGGAGAUCUGUGCGGCUGCCGACCCACCACCUGCCUUCUUGCAGCUAGCCUUCGAUUGCUGUACCUACGAGCCUAAAUCGAGGCCAACUUUCCCAGAGAUCAUGUCCAGUCUUGACAGCAUGAUCGGCAAUUAUGAGGAGGAAUCUAAAAGCAAUAUAAGUAAUAGGCAAUCGGCCGAUCCAGCUCUAAUGUCGAGCAUGGAUGAAAUCGUUCGAGAAGGUCGUACGAUGCGACGUAGGACAGCUCGACUUAGAAGUCAAUCCGCUGAUGCCAGAGGUUGCGAUAACGCGACGCCAUCGGACAAAGCUAGAUGUCAUUCAUCGAGAAGAGUAGCUGAGCUGGCUAGCCGAAGAGAUCCACAUUAUAGACCUAUGACAGCAAAUCCAUUUCACGCGUUGGGCGGCGUUAAGAAGAUCUUGGGGGACCUUUUUUCCAGUUGUUUGGAGUUACCAUCGCUCGAAGAUGUUAGACCGAGCGUUACCGACGGCGUUAGCAAAUUCAAACCGGCGCAGAAUGAUAGUAUCGCCAAAAUCCUGGAUAGGAAGAAGCCUAAUUCGGAACCUAGCAGUCCUACGGCGAGAAAGAAAUGGGAAAGGAAGGUGGCUACGAAAGUCGGCGCGGCUAGUCUUUUCGCUCAUCCUCUCUUCCGAGAUGGCUGGGAACCAAGAAGACGAGGUAGCUGCGAAUCAGGUUUCUGGAGUUGCGUCGGGGAAGACCUCAGCCCUGAGCCACCGAAUCGUCGACACACGUCGACCCUUAGCAGCUCUGCGGCCAGUAGUCUUUUCCUGCUGGACGAUCAUAGAACCAGUUCGAUAUAUACGGAUUCUUCCGAAGACAUAGCCAGUCUUGGCGGUGGAGAUUCUUCUUGUUGGGAGGAUAGACUAAGCGGGAUUGGAUCGUCUAGUAAAACGAUUUCAAAGAUAGUCGAGUAUUUUGAGAGGAAACAGGCAACGGCAGGUAGUCUGAGACUUUGCGAUCACGAUUCGGUAGCUCCUAGUAGGAUGAGCUUGUUGAGAGCAAGCUUGGAGGGUCCAGUUCCAUUGUGUAGUAUUUCGGCAGCUCAGAGGCUAGUCGUGUGCGAGGGAGCUGUUCGCAGCAAAUUGCCUCUUUUCGAUAAGAAAUGAUCGAAUCCGUUAAAACGUGAGACCCUUGUUACUUAGACUUUCUUAUUUUUCAAAGAUACUUCCAUGAUAUAUAUAUAUGUAUAUAUAUAUAUAUAUAUAUAUGUUUAGAGGAGGGAAUUUUUCAAAUAGUUGAGCACGCUCUGUUGCGCAUAAUAGGUGUCGCUGAAUAUGAUUAAGGAAACGAAAAAACGAAAAAUAUCCUAGUGGGACGUAUGCUUAUAUCGUGUCACACUAAUAAAUCUAGGAACCCAACUGUGAUGUUUUUGAUAAUCUACAUAAAAAUAACGUGACCACUCAAGUUUCAUUACAAAGAAGAAUAGAAUAUCGAUAGUGUCGGAGAUCUCUUAUGCGCAACACUAGGCUCGUUUUUAAACUCUUUCGAUUAUGUAUGGUAUGUCAGUUUCCCGUUCGGAUAGAUCGAUAAUAUUUUCGUCAUUCAUCUAAACAAAAUUACAAAUGAUGGCCUAAUUUUUUUCCUCCAAAUUUCGUUCAUUCGAAAAUUGAUGCGAUUCUGGUAAUAUUUUCUAAUAUCGUUUAUUCAUAGUAAACCUUAGACGCACACUAAUCAACUAUGAAUAUAAUAGAAUUAUGCGUUUGCAAAACAUUUGCAUGUUUGACCAGACGUACAGUAUAUACAUAUCCAUAUUCGUGCACCGAUCGAGAAAAGAAAGGAUAAAGCAAUAGAAACGUUAUCUUGAAAUAAUGGAGAUCAGUGCGAGAGGGAGGAGGAGCACUGUUCGCGCCCUUAUCUUUUUGCAGUGCCUCGCAGUUCCUAGUAUAUAUCCAUUUCCGUCCUUCCGCACGUAUGUAGAUCCAAACAGUUUGAACCUUUAGGAAAAAGGACGAUAACACCGGAUCGGUGAUUGAGCUUCCUAGAUCACGUGUAUGAUUGAUCAUUAAAUCGCCUAGAUCGAUUGAAGGGAUCGAAAGAGGGAUCGCAUUAGGAGUCUCUGCGAACUUUAUUUAACUCCUCGUCGUUCUUCUUUAAGAAGAAGGAACGAUUCUUCGAACAAACGAAAGAGAAGAGAAAUUUUACAAUGUACAUACAUUAUAUAUAUAUACAUACAUAUAUAUAUAUAUAUAUAUAUACAUACAUACAUACACACACGCAUAGAUAGACGAUCGCGUGUUUCUUCGAUUUUCAAAAAGAACUUCGCCAGGGCCUAAGUUCUUCUAAGUACUUCCGCGGAUGAGUCUCAGUAAAAAGAUUCGUCGAUCUUUUUGUGCCCGAUCGUUAAAGUAGUAAGAUAUAUCCGUAGAUUAGUAUACUCAGGACGAGAGAAAGGAAGAUAUAUAUAUAUAUAUAUAUAUAUAUAUAUAUAUAUAUACAUAUAUACACAUACUAUAUUUUGUUGGCGGGAAAAUCCGUGUCCUGAAUAUUUUUGUUGAGAGGUGAAAAGAGGACGAAUGAAUGAAAACGAGUGAAUGAAUCGUUUACGAAAGAAAGAAAAAAAAACAUAUGAAACUGAUCUAGUCAGUGUAAUUAAAUGUGGCGGCCUUAUCUUUUGUACGUCGUAAUGGUUAAAUCGAAGAGAAACUUAGGGCAUUAGAAAUUCGAUAGAUAAGGAGCAUAGGAUGUAAGAGUGAUCUUUUCUUUUUUUUUUCUUCUUUCUCUUUCGAUACGGAUUAUUUAUACGAGAAUACAAAGAGUGAGAGAGAGAGAGAGAGCGAAUUAGAAUGCAGGUCAUAUGCGGUGGUCCUUGGUUGCGUCCAAUGAAAAGCAUCCGCGUUGAUUACAAUAGUGCAGCUGUGAAAUCGCUUAAACGUUCAAUCGUUUCGUCGCGCUACUUCUUAUAGGACGAGUCGAACCAAAUUUUUUUAAAUAGAAUCGAUAGACUAUACACACACACACACACACAAGCACACACAUGCAUAUAUAUGCACACACGAUAAAACAAACAUGCGUAAACAUAAACACGUUUUUACUUAUUCAAGUUCGUUCACGGGUUUUACCUGAUAAGACUGCGCGUUUGUUAAAUAUUGUUUGUAAACGAGAGAUAGAGCGAAUGAGCGAGUGAAAAUAGUAGGUUGAAUUUUUGUCUCUCGAUAUUCGCAGUCUCUUCCUCGACCAGUGGACUGCAACGAUCUUGCAGAAUUUCCUUCAUUUCCUUUCUUGCUUCUUUUCCUUCCUUCUUUAUAUCUUUCCUUCUUUCUUUAUGUCGUUGAUGUUUUUGUUUACACGACGCGUCAAUCGGUACCUGAAGAAUCGAGACGAAUGGACUGCGAACGUGUUAGGUUUUUAUUAUUAAUUGUGCGGACAUAUCGGGAAUGGACAUAUCCUGAAAUUCUCGUUCAUCGUAAAAAGAAUGGAUUGUAAAAAUAGGAACGAGUAUUUGUAUGUAUGUGUGUAUGUAUAAAAGAGAGAAUGAAGAGAGUAUCGGUGGUCCGAGAGACGCAUUUCUCAAGAAAAAGAAAAGAAAAAGGGUUAUUUAUUUUAAGUAAAAACAUAGAAUACGUAUAAAUCUCGUUACAAAACACAGACAUUUUUACGACGAGUGAUGAAAAGGCGUUACAAAAGUUUUUCGACGAACGUCCGUCGAAUAUGAAUGUGCGAUGAUAUGGAAAUGAAAGAAAAAAAAAGUCGAGUAAACAAUGAGAAAUGGUGUGGUGAGACGAAGAUAAUAAUAGUUGUAACAAUUAAUCGGUAAUAAGUGAAAGAGAGAAUUUUGGUGGAGCUCUAUAUAGAUAAACUAUAUUAUAUUGUAAAGAUUCCUAUAUACAAGAGUAAUAAAACUAAGGACUCCCAAUUUUUACCAAAAGAAAAGAAAAUAGAAGAAAAGGAAAGAAAGUAAGACAAACAAA